GCCGCCGAUCGGAUACAAUCAGACUUUAUCAAUCAGACCGUCCGCGUUACCAUUCCGGACGGGAGGAUCUUUGAGGGGACCUUUCUGUGCGUCGACGACGGGAUGAACAUCAUCCUCUCGCAGACGAAUGAGUUGAGGGUGGAGGACGGAGGGUCGGAGAGCUCGAGGUUUGUGGGCAUGGUCAUGAUCAAGGGAGAUGAUGUGGUUAAGGUGGCGGUCAAAGUAGGCAACUCACAGGCGGCGGAAAGGGAAGAAAGAGGUGGCAAUCGUCCCCAGCGGGGGUAUGUUGCGGGCUGGCCUACCGAUCCAGCGGCAUAUGCGUAG